UAUAAAUGUACACAAUUCAAGUAUGCAUGCACCAAUAAGCGGAUUGGAGAAAGUAUAUAUAGUUUCAUAAUUAAUCACACUAACUAAUCAAUGAAUUGGACGAUGGUGAAGAGCGGUAGACUUGCAAAAGCUCUCCCAUUCCCAUUAUUGUUGCUAUUGCCUUUGCUCUCUCCACUUACAGAGUCUGCUAAUCUUAAGACUCCCUCUUCAUCUUCCUUCCCGCCAGACUUCUUUUUUGGGACUGCUUCAUCUGCUUAUCAGUAUGAAGGGGGUUCUUUAGCUAAUGAGAGAGGAAGAGAUAUCUGGGAUGUUUAUGCUCAUGAACCAGGUAAAAUCGCUGACGGAAGUAAUGCAGACUUAGCAAAUGAUCAAUACCAUUUAUAUGAGGAAGAUGCAGAUCUAUUGGCUUCUCUAGGAGUAAACAGUCAAAAGAUUUCGAUUUUAUGGGCUCGAGUUCUACCAAAGGGAAGACACGGCAACAUUAACUGGGAUGGGAUCCAGUACUAUAAAAACGUUAUUAGAUCUUUAAUACGAAAAGGAAUCCAGCCAUUUGUAACAGUGAACCACUAUGACCUACCACAAGAACUCGAGGACAAAUAUGGAGGUUGGCUUAGUCCAGAAUUACAGAAAGAAUAUGCAUAUCUUGCUGAAGUGUGUUUCAAGUAUCUUGGUAAUGGGGUAAAACACUGGAUUACCUUCAAUGAGCCAAACUUGUGGACUGUCUUAUCAUACCGUGUAGGAAGCUGGCCACCAAAUCAUUGUUCACAGCCACCUUAUUGUUCAAAGGAAGAUUCAUUGCAGCCUCUGAUAGUAGCACACAACAUGAUUCUAGCUCAUGCAUCUGCUGUCAACAUUUACAGAAGAAAGUAUCAGAAAGCACAAGGAGGGCAGAUAGGUAUUUCUAUGCUUUACUAUUGGUAUGAACCACUGAGAAACACGUCAGCAGAUAAAUUGGCAGUGGAAAGAAGUCUAUCUUUUGAGUCAAACUGGUUCCUAGACCCACUUAUAUAUGGAAGAUAUCCAAAAGAAAUGAAGGGAAUUUUGGGAUCUGAUUUGCCAGAGUUCUCAAGCAGUGACUUGGAGAGUUUGCAGGAUGCAUCUGGUUUAGACUUCAUUGGAAUAAACCAUUAUACCACAUACUAUGUUCAGGAUUGCUUGUCUUCUAAGUGUGAAUCCAAUGAUCCUGGAAACUACAAAGUAGAAGGGUUUGUUUCUAAAACUGCAAGAAAGAAUGGCACCACUAUUGGGGAGGAGACAGGGUUGUACUAUCUAUUUGUUUAUCCUGAUGGAAUGGAGAAAGUAAUCAUGUAUGUGAGGGAUAGAUACCCAGAUAUACCACUGUAUAUUACCGAAAAUGGUUAUUGCGAUUUCACCGAUUCAAACUCAAGCAUUGAAGAGGUGUUGAAUGAUACCAAGAGAGUGGAAUUCUUGAAUGGAUACAUAGGAUCCCUGGAAAACGCGCUCCGGAAAGGAGCAGAUGUGAGAGGUUACUUUGUUUGGUCAUUGCUUGAUAACUUUGAGUGGGGAUUUGGAUACUCAAAACGUUUGGGGCUUUACCACGUGGAUCGUAUCACUAUGAAGAGAACACCAAAACUAUCGGCAAAAUGGUACAAGAAAUUCAUUACAGAAAGGCGUAGUGUUACAAGCAGAAACCUAUACAAGAGCCAGUGACAAUUCGCCCUUCUUUCUUGGGCAACAAAAUGAGUGAAACCUCAUAAUUUGUUUUGUUAGUUGUAACCUUUUGGGUGACUAAGUCAAUGGAUUUCCAUGAGCAAGCCCCAAUUCAAUAAGAGUAUAUUUAAUUUGUUUGGUUCAUGCAUAUGUUACUUCCUAAAUUAGUAUCUCCAGGGUCUGAGCAUAGACCCUAGAAUCCUAGAUAAGCUCCAGUGCAUCUGUCUUGAUAGUUUGCUUGCUGAUCUUUUACAUCUUAAGUCUUUAGGUACAGAUGUGUGUGAGACAUGUAAGGCCAUCUGCGAAUCGUGAGCCGAUAUCUUGGCCGGUUAUGUUUCUUAGACAAGUUGUAUUUUUUGGAAGGACAUUCCACCAAUUUGUAUUGCAUGUUGUUGGAUGAUUUUAUUAAAAUAUGAGUGCGCCUAUUUAUGUCAAAAAA